AUGACAAAAUUCAGUAUUCGAACAAUUUACAAAAAUCCGAAAUGGAGUGGUCAAACAGCAACAGAACUCGAACAUCUUCAAAGUAUAAUCGAUUUACGUCAACGUCGAGAUGAUGAUCAACUAUAUUUCAAAACACGAAGAAAAUCUGAUGGUCAAGUCAAUUCUCGUGUUGUAAUCAAUGUCGCUGGUCUUCGUUUCGAAACAUUGAAAACAACACUUGAUCGCUAUCCGCAAACAUUGCUUGGUGAUCACCGUCGUCGAGCGCUGUUCUACGAUAAAAUCCAGAACGAAUAUUUCUUCGAUCGGCAUCGAUUAUGUUUCGAAGCGAUUCUGUACUAUUAUCAAUCAUACGGACGUCUUCGUCGACCGGAAAAUGUUCCAUUGGAUAUAUUUUUAGAAGAAAUCAAUUAUUUCGAUCUAGGUGCCGAUGCACUCCAACAAGUUCGGAAAGAUGAAGAUUUACAACUAGCUAGAAAAGUUCACUUGCCAACGAACCGUUUCUUUCGUCAUUUGUGGGCAAAUUUAGAAUAUCCGCAAUAUUCCAUGACAGCAAAGAUUAUCAAUAUCGUUUCAAUUCUAUUCAUUUUAAUAUCUGCAGUCGAACUGGCCGUCGAAACUUUGCCGAAAUACCGACUUGCAUAUAACAAUCGAUGCGAACAAGAAGGAGAUGGUUUGUUAAUUGCAAGUAACAACACAUCGACUCCUCAUCUCUGUCCAGCCAAUUUUGAAUCGCCAUUCUUUAUCAUUCAAUCGAUUUGUAUAAUAUUUUUUACAAUCGAAUUCUGUCUACGGGUGAUAUCUUGUCCAUCCUGUAUUGAAUUUAUUCGAUCGGCGCUCAAUUGGAUCGACUUUCUUGCUAUUGUUCCUUUCUACAUUACGUUGACAAUCAAUCUUCUCGGUUUUCAUCGGGAAAUUUCGCCUCAAACUUAUUUUUUCAUCAGUCUCUUACGUAUAUUUCGUUUCAUGCGUAUCUUUAAACUUUAUCGAAUGUUUCAACAUGUGAAAUCUUUACGUGUGCUUAUGUGUACAUUGAAAGAAUCAAUACCUGAUUUUCUUAUUCUACUCUCAUUUUUAACCAUCAGUGGUUUUCUGUUCGGUGCAGCGAUCUACUUUGCUGAAAAUGAUGUCAAUGAAGUUGUAUAUGAUUCAAUACCAAAAGCAAUUUAUUUCGGAAUCAUUACUUUAACAGCAGUCGGAUAUGGUGAUUUAACUCCUGUAACUCCACUUGGCCGAGGUUUAGCAUGUUUUGGUGCUAUCUACGGCAUGGCAAUUGUCUCGAUGCUUGUUUCAGUUCUUGUCGACCGAUAUCAACGAGUGUUUACACGCAAGCGUUUUCUUACAGAAGAUUAUACCGACAAAAUUCUAUUUUCUGACCCACCACUACCGACAAAUCGUACUGGAGAAUGUUUAGAAAGUCAAAUCAAAGGCAACAGCAAAUGUGACAAUAAUGAAGAUUUGUCUAAUGAAUUAGAAGAAAAAGAAAGCAAUGAUCAUUUGUCGGGAAAAGUGCGGUUUAUUAUUGGUUAUGUAUCUGAUGAAGACACAGAUAACGAUUCAGAAACAGACAAUGAUAAAGAUAAUUAA